CUUCAAAUAAGCGGUAAUAAGCAUAAGCUUAAAUAAACACCAGAAGGAGAGAGAAAGAGUGACGAGAGAGGACGAAGCCUUGUUACUUUUCCCGGAUGAGGAUUUUAAACUCAAACUGACCUUUGAGGUAUAUCUACUUCAGCCAGUGUAAAAAUGCUAAAUAAUAUAGAUUUGUAUUUGUAAAUGAAGGUCUACGCGCCCGUUUUUUAAAUUUAGACACCAGUUACUCUUAUCAAUUUUUGUCGCUCUCCAUCGUUGGUUACACGACCUCUACUACCGCUCAACUUUGAGCAUAAGUCUUCUUGUUUUCACGUUUGUUUCGUCUUUCACGUGUCUCAAAGCAUUUCAUCUAACAUUGAAAAAACCAGAACGAACAUUGGCAACGUCAGCCUACUGACACCCUUCUUCCAUCAAAAGAAAAAGAAUGUCAGACCCACGUUCGGAACUGUUCAAGCCUCUCCCCCUCGGUUCGAAUAGCCAAGGGGAGAUUGGGUUAGGCUAUUAUGUUUCACAGCCUAACCAGACCUGUAAUGCGACGCCGUGGUCCACAGGUCCCUGGAUCGACUGCGCCUACACAGUAGCCGCAAUGCUCUUCAUCAUGAGCUUGAAAGUUAUGUCAUCAUGGAUUUUGUACUACUAGCUAGUACUAGCUGCAACCAUUAGGAGGAGAGCAGAACUAAGUAGACCCGGACUAAUGCUGCAGCUGGUUCGAAUUUAUAAGAAUAAAGCCUAGUUGUUCUAGAGGACGACGUGUCUUACUACACAGUGACAGUAUCUCCGCAUGAGUACAACCACCUAGCCCUCCAGAAACUCGUCUAAUCUCCGUCUCAGCGACCAGAAGACUGCAAACUGGGGUUGCUAUUAUGGCAUCAUGGGCAUGACGAUAGCCAUCGUUGCGGCUUAUUUUUCUGCCUAUGUUUGCGAUGCGGGUACUAGUUCGUUCUUCUUUGUAUGAUCUGGAGAAGCGGACUAUUUCGCUUUUCUCUGACUGUGAAGACUUGGGUUGGUUUUACUUAGAUACCUUGCAUUAUGAUUAUUGAGAAACUUACUCUCACCUUCUCACCUCACCUCCCUCUUCCCUCAAUCAUUCAGGUUCCUGGCUCACUUGGGCAGCUAUGGCACCUGGCAUAAUUGUCGGUUUGGUCAUGGCAGUUAAAGUGACGAUGAUCCAGAUGCCGCAAUUAGUGGGUCUAUUGAACGCUUUUGGCGGUCUCGCUAGUGCAGUAGAGGCUAUAGGGAUGUUUGCUGAUGAGAACGCAAAGUUACGAUGGAAAGGAACAUUUUCUAGUGUGACUUCUAGUAGUCUGUCUGUGUCUCUCUCUCUCUCAUGUGAGGCAUUGAUGUAGUGUGAGUCGUGAAUAUCCCGUGACAGAUUGCAUUUUCUUAACGAAGCAAAGACGCGAAGGCCUCACGACACUCAACGACGGACCGAAGUUGGGAAAAAGCACCUCUAUCAUGAUCAUUAUAGAACUAGCACAUCUGGUCUUUCUUUUUUCUAGUUAGGUCGGCUCCGCCACAAUUAUAGAACUAGUACACCUCUAACCAAAGACAAAAAAUACAUCGAAUUCACAAGACAAUCGCCGAGUAACUAUUUGAGCAUGAACACUCGUUACGAAGACGGCACCUGGGAAACGAGCAAGAAGUAUUCGAUUAUCCAGUCUGCGGCUCUGCAUCUGGCGUUGAUCAUUGGGUCGAUCACUUUUUUCGGCUCCCUUCUUGCCUGUCUCAAGCUGAUGGGUAAAGUUGGAAAUUACGUUCCGCCAGCUCGCAAUGUGGUGAAUUUCAUUCUCCUAGGAGGCUCUAUCGCUUGCUGUGCGGUAGCUGAGGAAGUCAAAGGAUGGGGCUACGGGAGCACAGAAGGAUUGAUCUUCGUUUUGAUUGCUUUUGUUAUGAAGACAGAGAAUCAGGAGUAAAAGAACUAAGUACAAGUUAGUAGAAGUUAUAAGUUAAAUACAUGGCCAAUUUCAUCAUGCUUCUUGUCAUUCUUGCCAUUCUCCUUCGUCCCCCCAUUUUUCCUUUUUUUCCCACUUUCAUACCCUUCCUCUCCGCCUUGUGGGGCGUUCUCUUCGUCUAUGCCAUCGGCGGAGCCGAUAUGCCUGUCGUUAUCUGCAUUCUGAACACUGGUAGUGGCGCAGCCGGAGUAUUUGCCGGCUUCAUGAUGGGCAACAAGCUUCUUGUUAUCACGGGAACCUUCGUAGCGAGCUCCGGUGCGAUUUUAUCUGCCUUGAUGUGCAUUGCAAUGAAUCGGAAUUUGAUUUCCGUCCUAAGCGGUGGAUUUGGUGCAGGGAUGAGUGGGGGAGGUAAUAAAUUAUCCGUAAUGAUUACGGUAGUACAAAUUUGAUAGUUUUUUUUUAGAUUGAUUGUUCUUUCAGAUACUUCUGAGUUCUAACUUUUAGCUAUGUACAUCUUGACACAGACACAGACAUGAUCAUCAGAAGAACCGCCUGUCUUCCACUCUCAUCCAUGUUCUUCACCUUCUCACUUCUAUCUAAAAUCUACAUGCAGACACUUUCUCCUCGUUCAGGCCAACAACAAGCGAUCGAAGGUGAGAUGGUUGAGACCUCUACGCCUGACGUGGCUAAUCUUUUCAACACCGCAAAAAACAUUAUUAUCGUACCUGGCUACGGCAUGGCUGCUGGCAAGGCACAACACAAAGUCGCUGAAUUUAAGGCUUCCCGUCAGCUGGAGAAGCAUCAGACUUUGACACGUUUGUUCCUUUCUUUUCAAGGGGAAAAACACGUCAAAAAUGCUCUCCGAGAUGAAUGGAGGCGCAAGUUCUAAGGAAUUGACCACAUUGUUGCGGGGUCGUGGAGUCAAUGUCCGAUUCGCGAUUCAUCCAGUUGCAGGCAGGUUGCCAGGUCACAUGAACGUGCUGUUGGCGGAAGCGCGCGUUCCGUACGAUAUUGUGCUGAGUAUGUUAUGCUUGGCGCGUGAAUUUUGCAACACUUCGGAGAUGGCUUUUGAGUUGAAGAUCUUGACGAUCGAUAAGGAUUUCAUAUUAAACUAACCAGUGAGAGUUCGUCUUCCUCUCCACCUCCUAGUACAUGAAGUCAUGCUCCCUAGUACACACUAAACCACACCCAUCUCCCCCUCUUCCCCUGUGCAAUAAAGUUUUACUUACCCCAAGAGUGGGUAAACUACUACUACUACUACUAACUCGCCCAAAAUUUCUCCUCAUCUAACUCCCGACGAGAUCAACCAAGAUUUUCCGAAUACUGAUGCCGUCUUAGUCUUGGGUGCUAACGAUAUUGUCAACCCCGCAGCAGAGGAAGAUCCGAAUUGCUCUAUUGCUGGCAUGCCAGUGCUGCAGGUGUGGAAAGCAAAGACAACGAUUGUAGUGAAGAGAGGCAAGGGAAGUGGCUAUUCUGGUAAGCCUUGAUCUGUUCUUUUUAUCCUUCAUCAUAGUGAAGGUCCAAUCCGAAUCGACUAGCAUCAUCAUCAAUCAUAGUGAAGAUGAAGUGACUAUAACACUACUUUUCUAUCCGAAUCGACUAGCAUCAUCAUCAAUCAUAGUGAAGAUGAAGCGGCUAUAGCACUACUUUUCUAUCUUUACUAGACUUCAGCGCCCGAUAGCUCUCCCUCCACUAGAAUCCUCCACCUCCUUCGAGCAUUUCCUUCGCCAGGACACGCCUCCCCCGCUCCUCUUCCGCCAGCUCGCGACGCUUUCCCGGCGAAGUGGUCCGCGCCAGAGGAGUCGGAACAGAGGCGUCGCGGAAUUUAGCAGAGGGGGCUGCUUCUGUCUCUGAGGUUUUUGAGAUGUCUCAAGGUUUGGCUGCUUUUGAAUUUAGUGCAGGGCUUUGGAUUGGGAGCCUUUCUUGAGCACGAAGCUUCGCACGUAAGUCGCGGAGGUGGAGACUUGGGGUGGGAUUGAUGGAUGCUUUUGGCUUGCAGCUUGCUUGAAGCUCGCGGCCGCUUUCAGUGUGAGGCUUUGAGCUUCAGCAAAGCGCGAGGCGUAGUAGAGCUUCGAGCCUGGCGCUUUGAUUUUGAAGCUUUGGGCUUGCACGCUGAAGCUUUGGACCCGAGCGAAGUGCUGGGCCUGAAGGGUUUGGCCUGAAGUCUUGGAUCUGGGAUUUUGGGUCUGAAGCUUUGGACUUAAGAUCUUGGAUCUGAGGCUUUUGGUUGGAAGUGUUGGACUUCAAGCGUUUGGCCUGAAGUCUUGGCUUUGAAGUUUUGGGCUUGAAGCCUUGGACCCGAAGUUUGGCGCUUUAGGCUUGAGUUUCUGGAUUUGGGUGCUUGAAUUUGAAAAGUUUGGAACUUCGUCUUUUUUGAUAAAGUCAAAACUUUGCGGCUUUUGCGCAAAAUAGCAAAGCCCACUCUUGGACUUUGUCGCUUAGAAUCUAAGUUGGGGGUAUUUGGAUCAGGUGCAUUUUGUUCAAGUGUUUUUGGUCCAAGUGUUUUCUGUUCAGGUGCUUCUGGUUAGAGUGCUUUCGGUUUGGGUGUUUUCUGUUCGAAGCUUGGAGGGGCGUUGUUAAUUUUUCAUUAUUCGGGGGGGGGGGGGCGGGCGUAGGGUCUACAGGCUAUUGGUUUUAGCAAGUUUCUCUGACGUUCAAUCUCUUGGAUUCGAAUGCCUCAAAUCCAAAGACCUUCGACUUUAGCAAGUUUCUCGGAGAUUCAACUUCUUGGAUGUGAAUUCCUCAAAGCCAAAAGCUGCUGACUUUGGCAAGCUUUGUUUUCUGAGAUUCAAUCCCUUGGAUUUGAAUUCCUCAAAUCCAAAAAAUUUCGACUUGUUUCGCGAGUUUUUCUGUCAUUCAAGCUCUUGGAUUUGAAUUGCUCAAAUCCAAAAUUUUUCGAUUUUAACGAGCCGCGCGGAGGUUCAAUUUCUUGGAUUUCAAUUUGUCAAAUCCCAAAAUUUUUGAUUUUAGCAAGUUUUUCCGAAAUUCAAUUUCUUGGGUUUCAAUUUCUCAAGUCCGAAAGUUUUGACUUUAGCAAGCUUUUCCGAAAAUUCAACUUGUGGGCUGGAUUUCAAUUCAUCAAAUCCGAAAAUUUUUGAUUUUAACAAGUUUCGCCGAAAUUCGAUUUCUUGGAUUUGAUUCGCGAGCCUUCAUAAAUUCCUAAAUUCAUAAAUUUACAAAUUCCUAAGUCCUUAAAUUCGUAAAUUAAAUCAUAAAUUCAUAAAUUAAUGAAUCUUCAUGGCAAUGCCCUUCCCUCGCAAGCACUAGAAGUCGACCUCGACGUCGGUCUACCAAUCAAAUCUACUGACCUCUACCAGAAAGAACUAAAACUCUUCUCUCCCCCUACUGACCACUCUUCUCUCCUAACCCUAAGCCCUCUCAGACUCAAACCCUUCUCUCCCUAACCUCAGGUGUCGAAAACCCUCUCUUUUUUCGAGAGAAUAACCGCAUGUACUACGGUAAUGCCAUGAAGCAGAUGGAUGAACUGUGCCAAGCUAUUGGCAAAUUAGACCCGCCAGGAGGCGCAAAAAAAGCCGAAGAAACGGUGAUCGCAGUAGAAUUAAGGCAACGCAGCCUGCAUCCUCAACAUCUUCAUCCUUGUUGUUGGUCCCCUUUUAUUCAAGUACUUCUUAGAUAAUUCGUAAGUACUUCUAGAUUAAGUGCUACAGUACAGAUAUCAUGCUGUACAUUGUGUAGCACAACGUGUUCCUACUUAAUAAUUGCUAACCUAACAUAGCCUGUAUUUCUCGGCUCUUAUCCCUUGCUUACCAGUUAUUCAAGUAUUUACUUAGAAAAAAGGGCCAAGAAGGAUGGUCUCAGGGAUGCCUCCACGCGGUAGCUCUAAUAGAAUCGGACGUGAAAGUCGAAGAGGUAGAGACGUUGACACCUCCCGAGAAUCCAGGAUUGGUUUUGGGUGUAGUAGCGGAAGAUAUUAUGAAGAUUCAAGAUUGAUGGUAGUGGUAGCUAGUGUAUACGAAACCGAGGACCUACAACUACAACAACUUUAUGUCUACAACCUGUUCGACUAUUUUGUAUUUACGACCUACUACUUUUUACUUGUAGUCGUGCCGGUCCGUGGAUCUGUUGUAGAUCUUUUUCUCGCUACUUCUUACGACGAGCGACCCUGUCAACAUCUCUAACCCCCGCGAAGCGUACGAAAAGCGCGUCGGUCUAGUUCCCUCCAUCGUGACGAAACUGACCAAGUUGAACUACAAAACAGUCGUUCAAUCCGGCUGUGGCAUGAAGGCCGGCUACUCAGAUAAGGAGUACCUAGCUGCUGGAGCCCAAGUGCUUGCCGAACGAGCUGAGGUCAUUGCAGCAUGUACCAUGCUGAUAUCCGUGACGCCACCCUCGGAGCUCAGUACAGCCUCAGAAUCCUUGAAGGACAAGUGGGUCGUCAGUUGGGUAGGCAAGUUACUGCCGGAUGGGAAGGUUUUUUAUGGAGAGUUUCUCCGAAAAUUGUUACUCUUAUUUCCAAAAUCGUCCCAUUGAUUUUUUUUGGAAAUGCCCACCUCUAAUCCCCAGUCGAAGCCGCUGCCAAAGCUGGCAUUAAUGUCAUUGACGUAACAGCAGUUCCGCGUAUCACGAUAGCGCAAAAGCUGGAUGUCCUCUCCUCUCAGGCUAAGAUUGCCGGUAACAGAGCAGUGAUUGAGGCGGCGAUAUUGUUCGGUAAGUUCAUGUCCCCAGAGAUCACGGCCGCAGGGAAAUUCCCACCAGCUAAGGUCUUGAUCCUCGGCGCUGGGGUGGCGGGAUUGCUAAGGCUGGAGAUUUGUUCGUAAACCUGAUCUCAAAGUGGUAAACUGUUGAGAAUCAGGAGUAUGUAGUUGAACAGAAUGUCAACCCACAACCUUGUUCUCACAAAGACAUACCUGACUCUAAUUCCAGCAGCCAUAGGGACGGCAGUGGCCUUGGGCGCAGAGGUACGCGCCUGGGACGUCCGAGACGUGUCGGAUCAAGUGGAGUCAAUGGGUGGAAAGUGGAUCACUGUGGAUUUUUAUGAAAGAAUAGAAAGAUUAUAGUACUUAUCAACAACAGAGCAGUCUCAUACUGACGUAAAAAAUACUAGAUAUCAUGUCACUUCUUUCACUUCGACGUCAUCGUCUCCUUCGGGCUUGGUAGUAAACCAACCAAUCGAAGAACCUACGCUUACUUCUCCAUGCUUACCCUUUCAUCACCCCAAGGAGGAGGGCGCUGGCGCUGGCGGUUACGCAAGAGAAUCCUCAGCCGCAUUUCAGGAUGCGCAGAAGCAGACUUUUGCUAAGCAUUGUAGAGAGUGUGACAUUGUUUUGACCACAGCAGCAAUUCCAGGAAGACCGAGUCCGAAGCUGAUAGAAGGUUGGAUGCUCGACAACAUGAGGCCAGGCAGCGUGAUAAUAGACCUAGGCGCAGUUGGAGGUGGGAACUGCACGGAGACGAAGAAGGGAGAGGUAGAACUAGAAACUACUUGACAUGGACAUCAGUAUUUUUGGGAAUAGCUACAGGUUUUCAAACAUAAUGUGUGAUGCGUAUUAUAUGUCUGAUGAAUUACUGCACAUGAACUCGGAAGAUUUCCAUCUCUACUACAAUUACACAACGACCCCAACCGCCCCGCGGAUAACCCAACCAGCCCUAUGAUAUAUAGGUCUUCGUCUACGACAACAAAGUUACUAUCUGUGGUGAGCUCGACUUUCCAUCGAAGAUGGCCAGACAGGCUUCCGAGAUGUACGCAAACAACAUGCUAAACCUGUUAGAGCAUGUUGCGAAGGCAAAAGACGCUUCUGGCACCUCCAGUGCUGUCGUUGAGAACCUAGUAGCAAACCAGAAGAAGGAGAUCGAGGAGGUCGUCUGCACGCAGAUCGUGGCUGCGUACAUUAUGGCGUUGGUUGCUCGAUAGAUUGUAAAGCAACUACAACAUCAUACCAGCAAGACAUCUUCCACUUCUUGUAUACGGAAAAUGUCUUGGUAUGUUGUAGUAAUUGCCACUUGACUCAGUCACAAGUCGAAUUCGAUUUGCGCUUGGUUUGAAGUACGCAAUUCGUAGUGAGUCACAAGAUGAUCAAGGUUUCUUCUUACGAGGAAAGAUUUCCAGAUUCCCAUUUCUAAUCCCAACGGCGAGGUGAUCAACGCACCACCGCCACCCAUGCCCAGUCCACCACCACCGAAGCCAGCGGCUGCACCAGCGAAGAGCGAACAAAAGAUCGCCAAAGCAUCACUCGUUUCCGACUCAGUCUUGAUGAGCACGCAGUUCUUCAUGUUCUGCUUUGCGGUGAUGAUGUUACGUUGACUGGUUCUAGAUCUAGUCUGUUCCAAGAACUUUUCAUCUUCUUUUCUCUCUCGUCUUGUCCACUGAAAGAAAAGAAAAACAAGUGAAUCUCCUGUCUUUCCAUGUUUCUAGUACACCUACUUACUCACAACAUCAAAUUAUAGCUUCAACACCUUUCACGACUCAGUCCUGACAACACUGAUCCAGUUGAUGAUGGUCUUCAUGCUCUUUAUAACAGAGUAGUUUAUAUCCAUGCCAUGCGAGCUGUGAAACCUUAUAAAUUGCUCUGUAUAUAAUUUCCGUCUUACCCCAGCCCCCCUUCGCACCUCUCUCUAACUCUCCUCGGCGUCGCUUUCCUCGACAACGAAAUCCUGAUCCAGUUGAUGAUGGUCUUCAUGCUCGCGGCUUGGGUUGGGUAUAUGCUGGUCUAUGGCGUGCAUCCUGCUCUGCAUACACCCUUGAUGUCGGUGUCGAAUGCGAUAUCUGGUCAAGUCAUCCUGGGUGGGAUCUUCAUGGUCUCAUCUGAGAACAUUAUGGCACCUUCCACAAAUUCAUCUUGUUCUCCUUUUAGAACGUCUUGUUCUCAACACAGGGAUGAACAAGACGGGGACGAAGAGGCGUCUGGGGAUGGAUUUAUGGUAGAUCUAAAAACGAGGAUGGAGACAUCAACGCUACCGCUUUAUUGGGCGCUUUUGCUGUGUUUAUUGCGGCUAUGAACGUGGCUGGAGGAUUCGCUGUUACUUUCAAGAUGCUACAGAUGUUCAAGAAGGAAAAAGAAUAA